AUGAAGCUCCUCACAACCCUACCGGCCCUUGCGGCCAUGAUGCACCUGGCAGUGGUCCACGGCGCACCACAGCGGGAGAACGCCCCAACAAGGACUGUUGAAGGCGAUACUGCCAAGCGCGCAGUCUUCAAACACCCCGGCAUUUUUGUCGAUUCAGAUCGCCUCAAGCUCAUGGCGUCCAAGGUGGCCGCCGCGGAGCAGCCGUGGGCCGAUGCCUACAGCGCGCUCAAGACUCACAAGUACGCCACGCGGACCAAGCCGACGCCGUACCCGACGGUCGAGUGCGGCCCGUACUCGACCCCUAACGUCGGAUGCGAGGACGAGAGGGCCGACGCCAUGGCCGCGUACGCCAACGCCCUCAUGUGGGCCGUCACCAAGGACCAGGCCAAGGCGGACCGGGCCAUCGAAUUCAUGAACGCCUGGGCCAAGACGGUCAAGUCGCACACCAACUCUAAUGCGCCUCUGCAGGGCGCCUGGGCAGCCGCAGACUGGGCGCGCGCGGGCGAGAUCAUCCGCUAUACGAACGCCGGAUGGAGCAGUGCCGACAUCACCACCUUUGAGAACAUGUUGCGGAAUGUCUAUCUCCCUCUGGUCAAGCCAGGGUCCCAGAAUCCCAACAACUGGGAGCUGAUGUUCAACGAGGCAGCUAUUAGCAUAUCCGUCUUCCUCAAUGACAAAGCAACGUACGACUCCACCAUGACGCGCUUCCUCAGGAGCGCAGCGCAGUAUUUUUAUCUCAAGAGCGACGGCCCGCGACCUGUCAAGCCCGCAGGCAUGACGGACGAGAAGCAGGACUGGUGGUGGAAUGGCCAAAUCGCACGGGGGCUCGAGGACGGCAUCGCCAUGGAGAUCUGCCGAGACCUCACCCACACGGGCUACGGCAUCGCGUCUGUCUCGCACGUCAUUGAGACGUCCAAGAUCCAGGGCCGGGACCUGUACAACGAGGAGGUCGGCACUCGGCUGCGGUACGCGCUCGAGUUCCAGUCCAAGUACGAUCCCAAGGGCGGAGCCGUUGCAGCGCCGUCGUGGCUCUGCGACGGGACGCUGAAGCUGCACCUUGAGGACGUCACGGAGCCGGGCUGGAAUGCCAUGCACCACAAGUACAGCAUGCCGUGGUCUGGCAACUUCACCUUGAAGCACAGGCCUGCCGGCGCCAACACCUUGUUUGUUGGUUGGGAGACGCUGACCCAUGCUGAGUGA